AUGGAUAAGUCACUUGAUUUGGUGAAUGACAUUGUACCUGGGCGAUUAAAUUGGAGGAUUAGAGUCAGAGUGGUUCGUAUGUGGGAGGUUCCAACUUUUCUGAAACCGAACCAAGCUAAUUCACUAGAGAUGGUUUUAUUGGAUCAGAUGGGAGUUAAGAUUCAGGCAAUUGUUAGGAAGCAACUUAUUUAUGUCUUUCAGAAGAGAUUGCGGGAGGGUGAGGUGUAUAAUAUAUCAUAUUUUUCUGUUGCACCAAGUACUGGAUCGUAUCGUGCUGCCACGCAUCCAUACAAGAUAGUAUUCCAGAUGACAACUAAAGUACAAUCAUGUACCAGUGCAACCAUUCCACUGUAUGGGCUCUCUUUCACGUCCAUUGUUGAUGUAUCCAAUCAUACGGUUGAGUAUGAUUAUCUGGUUGAUGUCAUGGGGCUGGUCACUGCCGUUUCUGAAGAGAGGGAGUAUGUGAGGGAUGGUAGUGUUACUAAGAUGAUUAUCUUUGAGGUGACGGAUCACAGUGGCAAAAUUGAAUGUGCUUUGUUCGGAGAAUAUGUUGCAUUGUGGAAUGGAUUUGUGUCUAAGGGGUUUGAAGACAAGGCAACUUUGCAGAAUGUUAAGGGUACCACAAGGCUUAUAGUGAAUCCAGAUGUUCCUGAGGUUAUUGCGUUUAAAGAUCGUUUAAUUGGCUUAGGUAUCCAGGUCCCUCCAACUUUGACCGUUCUUGGUGGGCCAUCAAAGCCUUCUAUGGAGGAGGAGUUUCUGCGUAUGUAUCCUAAGAAGACCAUAUCACAAUUGUUUAAUUCUGAAGAGGAUGGGUUUUUCGUUGUUAGUGCUAUUGUGAGUGGCUUUGUUGAGGGGGAAGAAUGGUGGUAUCCUGCUUGCAAGUGUCAUAGGAGUGUUACUGCAGAUUCUGGUGCAUACUACUGCAAGGGUUGUGAUAAGCAUGUUAUACAAAUGGUUCCUAGGUACAAGAUCAAAUUGAGGGUUGAUGAUGGUACUGGGGAUUCUGUGUUUGUGUUGUUUGACAGUGAUGUUCAUUACCUGCUGGAGAAGCAGUGUUCUGUGUUGGUCGCGAAGUCUAAGGGUGACGAUGUUGGAUUUUAUCCUCCUGAAAUUGUUAUGUUGAAGGGAAAGAGGUUUCUUUUUAAAGUGGAUAAGCCUGUUAUAUCUGGCGGUUUCUUUGAUGGUUCCUACAGAGUUAAGAGGGUUUGUGCUGACAGUAGUAUUGUUGCAAAAUUUGCUAUGAAUGGAUAUAAUUACACACCUACUGAGUCUAUUCGUAAGGGGAAGAUGGUGUUUGAUGAGUGUUCUCCUUCUCCUCUGGAUGGUGGCGGUGUUUCGGUUGGUGUGGCUGACACUGACUGUAAUGCGGCAUCUCAUGUUUCAUUGGAUGGUGAUUUUAGUUUGGCUGAUGCUGAUAUUGCUUCAAGCAACAGUGAGUUUUCGCUUUCUAGCCCGGAUGCUCUUUGUACAUUAGGUGAUGAUACAACUAACUCAAACACGAUCGGAGCUGAGCACCUUCUUGCUGAAUUCACCGGUACUCCUGAAAGUGAAGAUGAUGACGAAUCCCAGGCUGAGAUAGAGGAACUGAACUAUACAAAGCGAAAUCUGGACAGGGUCUUUGAUGUUGUGGACGCUGCUGAGGCUGAACCAUCUGCGAAGCGUAGGCAGCCUAGGAAGUGA